GAACAUCUUUAUCAGAUAUCACCAUCCAUUUCUCACUUUGAUUCCAUUCUCCCCAGUCUCUAUUACCAUGACACUAACACGCCUAUUUCUUACUCACAAAUACGUCCUACGAACACUGACACUGACACUAGUAGCACUACACUCCCUCCCCUCUUCCGCCGCCGGCGCCGCCAUCGCCCUCUCGCCGUGCCGCAACUCCUGCGGUAACAUCGCAAUAAAGUACCCUUUUGGCGUCGACGAUGGGUGCGGGGCCCCACAAUUUCGGCACAUGCUGAAUUGCAAUGCCAGCGACCUUUUCUUCGUCACCCCUUCCGGGAACUACAAGGUGCAGUCCAUCGAAUACGACAAGCAAAACGUCGUCGUGUACGACCCCGCCAUGUCGACGUGCUCCAUUCUCCAGCCUCAUCAUGAUUUCAUCAUGACGGACAUUCAGUCGGCGAUUAUACCGCCGUCCUCGGACACCGUGUUUGCGCUGCUCAACUGCUCCGUCGACUCGCCGGUGCUCAACCACUACAAGAAUCUCUGCUUCAACUUCUCUGGCCACUCCUGUGAUGAGCUCUACUCUGCGUGCAAUGCCUUCAGGGUCUUCCAUUUCUUGACCAACUCUUCCCCACCAUGUUGCUUUACCGGGUAUGACACGGUGAGGUUCAUGAGCAUGAAUAUCUUGGACUGCACACACUACACCACCGUGCUCAACACUGAUGGCUUGAGAGGCAUAGGACCCCUGGACUGGGUUUAUGGCAUCAAACUCUCCUACACAUUUCCCGACACCGGUUGCGGGAGAUGCGCGCAAUCAGGCGGCGUUUGCGGGUUCGAUACCGAGACCGCGGGGAUGCUCUGUCUCUGCUCUCCUUCUUCAAAUUCGACAAGACAAUGUGGAACUGGUAGUUUUACUGCGGAAGGACAGAGACAUAGUAGUAUUACCUGGCUAACUCAUUUCUUUGGGUCUGUUUUGUUUUUUUUCAUGACUAAGAUAAUGACAUGAUUAGCCAAAUAUUGUCGA